AUGGCCAGCAGCGACAACACCGCCAACACCGACGCCACCACCUCAGACACACCGACCCUCUACUCCUCCUACCCGUUCCCCCACCACACGGCCCGCCAGCUCGCCAACAUGACCGAGGUCACCUUCGCCAAGCAGUUCCUGGCGACGCUCGACGCCCGCCCCGUCAAGCUGUCGCCGGACCACGUCGAGGACCCGCGGGGGUAUCCCGCCCGCAAUGCCUACAUCCUCCCCCGCGCCCCGCGCCCCAUGUCCAAGCCCAACUCGCGCGGCGCGCCCGGCUCGGAGCGCUCGCUGAGGGUGACGCUCAAGUCGCUGCGCAACCCGCCGCUGGACAUCAAGCUCACGUCGCAGCCGCUCAGCACGUCGGUGCUGGACCUGAAGCAGAAGGUGGUCGAGGAGUCGGGCGUGCCGCUGGAAAAGAUCAAGCUCCUGUACAAGAAGAAGCCCGUCGUGGACUCCAAGAUCCUGAAGGAGCUCGUGGGCGAGGACGACGGCGCGAGUGUUGAGUUCAGCGUCAUGGUCCUGGGCGGUGCGGCGGCUGCGGCCAAGAAGCCCGAGGAGGCGCCUGCUGCGGAUGUCGCGCAGGGCGCCAGUGGCACCGAGACGUUAGAGUCAGGUGAGUUCUGGGAUGACCUCAAGGGUUUCUUGUUGCAGAGAGUACGGGACGAGAGGCAGGCUUCCGACUUGUUCGAAACCUUCCAGGCAGCUUACAAGAGCAAGAGAUGA